AUGGAUUCCGUCAAUGGAAGACACCAGUGAGUUGGUCGCUGGUUUAAACUUUCAGUAGCCUGGAAGGGUUUUCACCAUAUGUUAAUGUGAAGAGUGAACAGUAAAUGGUUAAUCUUACUGCGAUCUGGUUUGCAUUGGCUGUGGUUUAUCCGGACGUUAAAUUCGGCGUUCAUUACACCCGAAGGAGAACGUUACAGUGAAAAAGCGGCAUUAUCAGGUGUUUCAAGUGCUGCAAUGUCAGCUCAAUCCAGCAUCAAGUCGAUGGCGCCCAGCGACAAGGGCAGUAAACCGACAUCAAGUAAGUCCACACAGGCAAGAGCCAAGGCAGAAGCCGCCAAGGUGCGACUGCAUUACGCCAAACAAGAAGCAGUUUUGAAAAUGAAACAGGCCGCCCGAGAAACCGAAAUCCAGAAAGAAAAGGCUGCCAGAGAAGCCAAAGCGGCCGCCCGAGAAGCCAAAAUCCAGUUGGAAAUGGCAAAAAUAUCGACAGAGUUGCAAGUGCUGCAGCUAGAAAGAGAAGGAGAAGCUGCCAUGGCGGAAGCAAAGUACAUAGAAGAAGCUGAAGGGUCACGUGAUCUGACCGAAGUAAGAUCUACUUUAGAAAGGACCAGACUGGAACGCACGAGCGACUAUGUACAAUAUCAAACAGACAGGCAGGCUCGUCUCCCCUCUCCAUACCUAUUCGAUAACUUCCCCAGCUACGAGGAACCUCAGAGAGUCACGAUUGCAUCACAUCCAUACGAGGAAGGAAAUUUACCCUCACGGCUCCGUGAUGAAGUCAAGAAUGAAAGAACCGACAACGCUCCUUCACCCCCACAACAGGACGGCGGGGAGGGAGAGGUUCACUCCAGGACAACAAUUGUCAGCUCGAACUGUACAGAAGUUUGCGGUCAAACUCAGUCAAGCCGUUCUUGUUCCGAGAUCUGCCUCACUGAGGUGUACCCCAAGGAAGCACAACAAGGCGUUAACAAGCGCGAGGCAGGCGACGAGUCGUUGGGCCAGUCAGUCUUCGCUCUAACGAAGUAUGACAACAAACUUGCACAAUCAGCUCAAGAUACCAUUUCUUUAAAAACCAAAGACACCAAGGUCUUCAGAGAUGAAGCAAAUAAUGGGGUUGCCCCAUUGCCUAUCAGAGAACCACGCCAGCGCUCACCAGAUAACAAAGAGCAGGCAGUCAAACGGUUCACGUCCUUACGGAAAACCCGGAAAAGGAAACCUGAAAUGCAGCAACGCACCCGAUUGGCCCACGAGGUACUGUGCACCCUAAUGGCAGAGGUCACAGCCAUUAUAAACGCACAAUCAUUCCUACCUGUGUCUUCUGACCCAGAAAACCCCUUUAUACUUUCGCCAUCAACGCUCCUUACGCAGAAGGCAGGAGCACCUCCUCCACCAGGAGACUUCUCAGACAAGAAUUUGUACACAAAGCAAUGGAGACAAGUCCAGGCUCUGGCAAAUCAGUUCUGGUCCCGCUGGAGACAGAAAUAUCUACCCUCGUUGCAACAGAGACGAAAGUGGACAGAACCCCGCAGGAAUCUUCAAGUUGGAGACUUAGUCCUGCUCAGGGACAAGCAACAGCUGGCCAAUGGCCAGAAUCACUGCUACAUUCCCUAGCGAGGAUGGACAUGUCAGGAAGAUCGAAUUGAAGACUACCGACCAAGGCGAUGUGAAAAUUUACCAAAGGCCAGUUACAGAAGUUAU